CGCAGGGGAAGCGUCUGCGUGCAGGCCAGCCUUGCUGGACGCCUUGGACGAGUCGUACGGUCCUACUUCUUCUUCUAUGGCGACUCUGCAAAGCUGGAGGACCCAAGGAAGCUGCUGGACCAGGCAGUGACCGACAUGCAGGCAGACAUGGCCAAGAUGCGCUCGGCCUCUGCUCAGGUGCAAGUUGCGCAGAGGCAGAUGGAGGAUCGGUACCGAGCGGCGCAGACGGCGGCCGACGACUGGAAACGUCGCGCGGAAUGGGCCCUGCGCAAAGGGGACGAGGAUCUGGCACGGGAGGCCCUCAAACGCCGCAAAACGUUCGAGACAACUGCCAACACGAUGAAGCAGCAGCUGGAGGCGCACGUGAAGGCUUCGCAGACGCUGAGGGCCAACAUAGGCAUGCUGGAGAGCAAAGUUGCCGAAGCCAUCUCCAAGAAGGAGACCCUCAAGGCCCGCGCCCUGUCCGCUCAGGCACGCCUCCUCCCUCAGAUCUCUGGUCUGGUGGGGGGACUACGCUCCUCUUCUAAUUCCUCGGUGGCGGCCUUCGCACGCAUGGAGCAGAAAGUUGAACAGCUGGAGGCCGAGGCCGAGUCUGCAGGCCAGCUUGGGUUCUUCAACGAUGCCCUGGAGAGCCGCUUUGCGCUCAUGGAGGGAGGCAGUUCAGUGGAUGAUGAUCUGCUCAAGCUGAAGACAGACAUGCUCGCGGAUGUGGGCUCUGCUCUGCCCAGCGGCCGCUCAGAAGCCCCCAAGUCC